UCCAUAAAUUCCUUGCGCCACCGCCUCUGUAUCGCUACCUGCAUCGCAAUUUUGGCCCUAACAUGCAUCGGUGCCGCUGCCAUCGACACCAACCAUCUGCAACAAUUUUCACGCCAAUCGCCAAAGAUCCCCCCAUAGUCGAAGUUAGCAAACUCAAAGCAGGGAAAUCAGGUCCCAUCCCAUGUCUUCAGUCCAUCUCAUUCCAUCCACAACCACUCCGCUAAAAUAUCUCGAAUCCUGCUCAACCAUGGCGGAGCUCAAGCAGCACCACGCCCAAAUCGUCAAGCUCGGCAUCUCCUCUGACAAUGAUGCUAUGGGCCGCCUCGUCAAAUUCUGCGCCGUCUCGCGCUCCGGCGACUUGGCCUAUGCACUUAAGGUGUUCGCUUCAUUGCCCCAACCAGAUGCUUUCGUAUACAACACCAUCUUCAGAGGCUAUAUGCAGGCACACUUGUACACUAACUGCAUUCUCCUCUACGCCCACAUGCUCGAAAACUCCAUUGCGCCCAAUAACUACUCCUUCCCUCCCCUCAUACGAGCCUGCAGCGACGGCGCCACUGCUGGAGGGAAGCAGCUGCACGCCCACGUGAUCAAACUCGGCUUCUUCCGAGAUUCGUAUUGUCAGAACAAUCUGAUUCGUAUGUACGUGGAUUUCGGAGAAUUGGAUGAGGCGAAGAGAGUGUUUGAUGGUAUGGAUAGAAAGGAUGACGUUUCUUGGACUACGAUGAUCAGCGGCUACUCGCAAUGGGGGCGUGUGGAUGAAGCGAUGCGCAUUUUUGAGACGAUGCAGGUCAAGAACUCGGCUGCGUGGAACGCUGUGAUCGCAGCUCAUGUGCAGAAUAAUAGGUUCCAUGAUGCGUUCAGACAGUUCGAUAGAAUGACGGAGGAGAAUGUGGAGAUGGACGGCUUCGUCGCUGCUAGCAUGCUCGCAGCCUGCACAGGGCUUGGUGCGUUGGAGCGGGGCGAGUGGAUACACGAGCGCAUGGAGAGGACGGGGAUCAAGAUCGACACGAAGCUGGCCACGACGCUCAUGGAUAUGUACUGCAAAUGCGGGCGUUUGGACAAGGCUGUGGAGGUGUUUGAUGGGCUGCGUAGCAAAGGAGUUUCGUCGUGGAACUGUAUGAUCGGAGGGUUCGCCAUGCAUGGUCGAGGCAGAGAUGCAAUUGAGCUUCUGAGGAAGAUGGAGGCGGAGGCAGGGGAGUCGGGGAGGAGGCCGGAUCAUGUGACAUUCGUGAAUGUUCUUGCAGCUUGUGCGCAUUCGGGUAUGGUGGAGGAAGGCAGGCAUUACUUCUCCUACAUGACCGAAGCCUACGGCAUUACUCCGAGGAUGGAGCACUACGGCUGCUUGGUGGAUCUGCUGGGGCGGGCGGGGUUGCUGGAUGAAGCUAGGAGGGUUAUAGACGAGAUGCCGAUGAGGGCGGAUGUUGGUGUGUUGGGAGCUCUUCUUGGGGCCUGCAGAAUCCAUGGGAAUCUUGAAAUGGCGGAGGAGGUAGGGCGACGGGUGAUUGACCUAGAGCCGGGGAACAGUGGGCGCUACGUGCUGCUGGCGAAUCUAUACGCCAAGGCGGGGAGAUGGGAGGAUGUAGCGAGGGUUAGGAAGUUGAUGAACGAUAGAAGGGUGAAGAAGGUGGCCGGUUGUUCCAUGAUCGAACUGGCUGGUGGAGUGAGUGAGUUUGUGGCCGGAGGUAGGGCUCAUCCGGAGGCUCGAGAGAUAUAUGCCAAAGUUGGGGAAAUGGUGGGUAAGAUUAGGGACUUAGGGUAUGUGACAGAGAGUGAGGGAAUGUUGUAUGAUGUAGGUGAGGAGGAGAGUGAGAAUCCAUUGCACUACCACAGUGAGAAGCUGGCUAUUGCAUAUGGGCUGCUGAAGACUAAACCCGGUGAAACGAUUCGUGUCACCAAGAAUUUGCGCGUCUGCAAGGACUGUCACGAAGCAAGUAAGCUGAUCUCGGGGGCGUAUGAUCGAGAGAUCAUCGUGAGGGAUCGGAACCGAUUUCACCAUUUCAAAGGGGGAGCAUGUUCGUGCAACGACUACUGGUAGACGAGAUCCUCUGUUACAAAACGAUACGAUUGAAGCAAAGAAAUAUAUGCGGUUAUGGCUGUAUGUAUUGGUGUAUACUAGUCUGAUUUAAAGGAAUAGUUCAAACAGUGCUAUUAUUCAUACCAGUUUAGCUAUUGUUCA